AUGCCGGGAUCACACCUCCGCGUCAGCCUGCCUCAUUUGCAAGUCGGCAGAUGCGGCCACACGAUGGCGAAAUCGGCUUACGGUGACGAAGCAGUGCUACAGCCGGUCGUCAUGUUGGACUGGGCAGCUCGUCGGGUCGAGCCGAUUGCAGAGCUGACGGUGUUUUCGGCUGUCCUC